AUGCCCUGGUUGUUACUAGGGGAUUUUAAUGAAAUUCUCAACAGUGAAGAUAAAUUCAGUGGUAGGAGUAUAAAUCUUAAUAGAGCUUUAGAUUUUAAAGAGUGUCUAGAUACUUGCAGCCUCCUGGAUUUAGGAUUUUCAGGACCUAAAUUUACAUGGUCCAAUCUCAGACAGGUUCCGGACUUAAUCCUGGAACGUAUUGAUAGAUGUUUUGCUAAUCCAUCUUGGAGACUCCUUUACCCUGAGGCCUCUGUUACUCAUCUCCCCAGGGUUUUUUCGGAUCAUUGCCCCGUUCUUUUAGAGCUCUCCAAGCCCCUUCCUGCCUCCAUUAACAGACCUUUUCGCUUUCAAACUAUGUGGCUGCAUCACCCUGACUUUCAUGAUGUAGUUAGAGGUGCCUGGGAACAGGAAUCAAUUCUUCCUUCUGCUAUUAAGUUAUUCACAAAUAGGGUCACCAAUUGGAAUAAAACAGUGUCUGGUAACUUGUGUGCUAGGAAGAGGAGGCUACUUGCCAGGAUCAAUGGAACCCAAAAAGCACUUUCAAAUGGGCCAAACCAAUUCCUGGUACAAUUAGAACAGGAUCUAAUUAAGGAAUAUGCUGACAUAAGGCUUCAAAAGGAGGAAUACUGA